AUGUUUAAAAAGCAAAAAGAACCGGUAUCGCAAAAUGCUGGUAUUGCUACGUCCGCUAGGAGCAUGGCCGUUGGAGGAUCAGAAGUCUCGAAGAUCCUUGAGGAGCGCAUCCUUGGUCAGGAUGCUAGCAUAAAACUCGAGGAAACUGGAAAGGUACUGUCUAUUGGAGACGGUAUUGCUCGUGUUUAUGGCUUGAAAAACAUCCAAGCUGAGGAAAUGGUUGAGUUCGAUUCGGGAAUUAAGGGAAUGGCUCUAAACUUGGAGCCUGAUAAUGUGGGAGUUGUAGUAUUCGGUAACGACAAAGUCAUUCGGGAAGGAGACAUUGUAAAGCGUACAGGUGCAAUUGUGGAUGUACCAGUUGGAGAAGCACUCCUCGGACGUGUUGUUGAUGCACUGGGAACUCCCAUUGACGGUAAAGGUCCAAUCAACUGUAAGAGUCGCUCUCGUGUAGAGGUCAAGGCCCCCGGCAUCAUUCCUCGUCUCUCUGUUCGAGAGCCUAUGCUUACUGGUGUGAAGGCUGUCGAUUCGCUUGUACCCAUCGGUCGUGGGCAGCGUGAACUGAUCAUUGGUGAUCGUCAAACCGGGAAAACGGCCAUUGCCAUCGAUACUAUCAUCAACCAGGCGCGUUUUAACGCUGGCACUGACGAGAAAAAGAAGCUGUACUGCAUUUAUGUUGCCAUUGGACAGAAGAGAUCAACUGUGGCUCAAAUUGUAAAACGUCUUACUGACACUGGAGCAAUGAAGUACACCAUCGUCGUGUCAGCUACUGCAUCUGAUGCAGCUCCACUUCAAUUCUUGGCACCCUAUUCAGGAUGUGCUAUGGGAGAGUUCUUCCGCGAUAAUGGCAAGCAUGCUCUCAUUAUCUAUGACGAUUUGUCAAAGCAAGCUGUUGCAUAUCGUCAAAUGUCGCUGUUGCUUCGUCGCCCUCCUGGUCGUGAAGCCUAUCCUGGCGAUGUUUUCUACCUUCACUCUCGUCUACUUGAACGUGCUGCUAAGAUGAAUGAGUCGCUUGGUGGCGGAUCAUUGACUGCUUUGCCAGUUAUAGAGACCCAAGCCGGUGACGUAUCUGCUUAUAUCCCCACAAACGUGAUUUCUAUUACUGACGGACAAAUUUUCCUUGAGACUGAGCUGUUCUACAAAGGAGUGCGACCAGCCAUCAACGUUGGUCUUUCCGUCUCGCGUGUUGGAUCUGCUGCUCAGACAAAAGCCAUGAAACAAGUCGCAGGCUCUAUGAAACUCGAACUUGCUCAAUAUCGUGAGGUUGCAGCGUUUGCACAGUUCGGUUCCGAUCUAGAUGCCGCUACACAGCAGUUGUUAAAUAGAGGAGUUCGUCUUACUGAAUUGCUCAAGCAAGGUCAAUAUGUGCCAAUGGCUAUUGAGGAGCAGGUUGCCGUUAUAUAUGCCGGUGUUAAAGGACAUCUUGACAAGGUAGACCCAUCUGUAAUCACAAGAUUCGAAAAGGAAUUCCUAGCUCAUAUUCGUGCAACGCAGCAAGAUCUGUUGAAGACGAUCCAUAACGAGGGACAAAUCACACCUGCCACAGAUGCCAAGCUGAAGGAAGUGGUCACGAAUUUCCUUGCCACAUUUAAGGCUUAG